CCUUCAUGGAUCACUGCCUUGCCAUGGCGAAGGGGCUUGAAUAACUCAGAGAAGCUAUGAGCUAUGCCGUGCAGGGCCACCCAAGAUGGACAGGUCAUAGUGGAGAGUUUUGACCAAACGUGAUCCACCUGGAGCAGGAACCGGCAAGCCAUUCCAGUAUCCCUCCCAAGAAAACUCCACGGACAAAGACAACAGGCAUAUAAAACUUAUGACGUUGGAAGAUGAGCCCCUCAGGUCGGAAGGUGUCCAACAUGCUACUGAGGAAGAGCAGAGGACAAGUACAAGUAGAUUCAGAGCUGAUGAAGCGGCUGGGCCAAAGCCGAAAGGUCGCUCAGUUGCGGGUAUGCCUGGAAGUGAAAGGAAAGUCCAAUGCUGUAAAGAAAAAUACUGCAUAGGAACCUUGAAUGUAAGAACCAUGAACCUUGGUAAGUUGGAUGUGGUCAAAAAUGAGAUGGCAAGAUUAAAUAUUGACAUCCUGGGCAUCAGUGAACUAAAAUGGAUGGGAAUGGGCGAAUUCAGUUCAGAUGACCAUCAUAUCUACUACUGUGGGCAAGAAUCCCGUAAAAGAAAUGGAGUGGCCCUCAUAGUCAACAAAAGAGUGGCGAAAGGUGUACUGGGAUGCAAUCUCAAAAAUGAUAGAAUGAUCUUGAUACGAAUCCAAGGCAGACCUUUUAAAAUCACAGUAAUCCACGUUUAUGCACCAACUACUGGUGCUGAAGAAACUGAAAUUGACCAAUUCUAUGAAGACUUACAACACCUUAUAGAAGUGACACCAAAGAAGGAUGUUCUUCUCAUUAUAGGGGAUUGGAAUGCUAAAGUAGGGAGUCAAGAGAUAAAAGGAACAACUGGCAAGUUUGGCCUUGGAGAUCAAAACGAAGCAGGGCAAAGGCUAAUAGAGUUCUGUCAAGAGAACAAGCUGGUCAUCACAAACACGCUUUUCCAACUACACAAGAGACGACUCUACACAUGGACAUCACCAGAUGGGAAGCUUCGAAAUCAGAUUGAUUAUAUUCUCUGCAGCCAAAGAUGGAGAAGCUCUAUACAGUCAGCAAAAAGAAGACCCGGAGCUGACUGUGGCUCAGAUCAUCAGCUUCUUAUAGCAAAAUUCAAGCUUAAACUGAAGAAAGUAGGAAAAACUACUGGGCCAGUAAGAUACAAUCUAAAUCAAAUCGCUUAUGAAUACACAGUGGAAGUGAGGAACAGGUUUAAGGAUUUAGAUUUGGUGGACAGAGUGCCUGAAGAACUAUGGAUGGAGGCUCGUAACAUUAUACAGGAGGCAGCAACAAAAACCAUCCCAAUGAAAAGGAAAUGCAAGAAAGCAAAGUGGCUGUCCAACGAGGCCUUACAAUAGCGGGGGAGAGAAGGCAAGCAAAAUGCGAGGGAGAUAGUGAAAGAUACAGGAAACUGAAUGCAGAUUUCCAAAAAAUAGCAAGGAGAGACAAGAGGGCCUUCUUAAACGAGCAAUGCAAAGAAAUAGAGGAAAACAAUAGAAUUGGGAAAACCAGAGAUCUGUUCAAGAAAAUUGGAGAUAUGAAAGAAACAUUUCGUACAAAGAUUACCAUAAUA